CUUACGUGCUGUGUGCUUGGAAGAGUAGAACCCAUGGAGCAGGAGAAGAAAUACAAGGUGCUCUGCCUGCACGGCUUCCGGACAAGUGGGAGCUUCUUGAAGAAGCAGAUCAGCAAAUGGCACCCUUCCAUCUUCGAGCAAUUCGACAUGGUCUUCCCUGAUGGUAUCUACCCAGCUGGAGGGAAAUCAGAUAUAGAGGGUAUAUUCCCCCCACCGUACUUUGAGUGGUUUCAGUUCAACAAGGAAUUCACCGAAUACACAAAUCUGGAUGAGUGCAUUUCAUAUCUGUGCGAUUACAUGGUGAAGAAUGGACCAUUCGAUGGCCUGCUCGGAUUCUCCCAGGGUGCAACGCUUGCAGCCCUUUUGAUAGGCUACCAAGCACAGUGCAAGGUGCUGAAUGAUCACCCACCAAUUCAGUUCAUGGUGUCAGUAUCUGGGAGCAAGUUCAGGGACCCAAGCAUUUGCGAUGUGGCCUACAAGGCCCCGAUCAAGGUGAAAUCUGUCCAUUUCAUUGGAGAGAAGGACUGGCUGAAAAUACCUUCCGAGGAGCUGGCUGCUGCCUUUGAUGACCCUCUCAUCAUAAGGCAUCCCCAGGGUCACACUGUUCCCAGACUUGACGAGGCAUCCGUGAAGCAGCUUUCUGAGUGGAGCUCCAGCAUCCUGGAAGACCUCAAGAGCUCAGAUGCUCCUCAGGUCUUGGAGUCGGUGAAUCCAUCCGAUAAGGACAACGUUUGUGUGGAGACAGGAGAAAACCUGAUGGAACAAGUGGCAGCUUGAAGCAGUAGCCAGUAGCUGAACUAUGCUGGUUGAGUGGUGGUGGUGUCUGAAGCAUUGUUGUUUGAUAGCGUUAUGCAGCAUACGUGAUGGAACUUGUUCACCCAUAUAUGUCGUGACUUAGCGAGUAUUGUCUCACUAAGAUAAGAGAAUAAAUCAGUCUUGUCUGAA